AUCAUUAAGCCUUUUAAAUUAUGCUUUUUUUAUGGCUUUCUUUUCAGCUCUUUUUUUCCUUGCUAUAAUAAGCUAAGCCUUGCUCUCCCUUUUGGCUCUUCGGGUGCUUCAACUCUCACAGUUCGAGAGAGAAAAAGGUUGAGCUGCGAUUUUGUAUGGAUCCAAAGAGGAGGAAGGUGGACUCGCUCGGGUCGACUCACUUGUCGCCGUUCCCCGACGAGGUAUUGGAGCGAGUACUCUCGCUCUUGAAGGCCCACAAAGAUCGGAGCACCGUGUCGCUUGUGUGCAGAGAUUGGUACAACGCCGAGCGGUGGUCUCGGACCCACGUGUUCAUCGGCAACUGCUACUCCGUCUCGCCGGAGAUCGUCGCCCGGCGAUUCCCGAAGAUUCGGAGCGUCACUCUCAAGGGAAAGCCUAGAUUCUCGGAUUUCAAUCUGGUGCCGGAGAAUUGGGGAGCCGAUAUUCACCAAUGGCUCGUCGUCUUCGCCAAAGCGUAUCCGUUUCUGGAGGAGUUGAAGCUGAAGAGAAUGACCGUCUCCGACGAGAGCUUGGAGUUCUUAGCCUCGUCGUUCCCCAAUUUCAAAGCUAUCUCCCUUUUGAGCUGCGAUGGCUUCAGCACCAAUGGCCUCGCCGCCAUUGCCACUCACUGCAAGAAUUUGACUGAGCUUGAUAUACAAGAGAAUGGGAUGGAGGAUAAUGGUGGACGUUGGCUAAGUUGCUUUCCUGAAAGCUUCACAUCACUAGAAGUACUAAACUUUUCCAGCCAGCACAGUGAUGUCAGUUUUGAUGCUCUUGAGAGGCUUGUUACUAGGUGCAAAUCAUUAAAGGUUUUGAAGGUCAAUAAGAACGUCAACUUGGAACAAUUACAGAGACUACUUGUACGGGCUCCUCAGUUGACAGAGCUUGGUACCGGCAACUUUCAACAAGAACUAACCCCACACCAACAUGCGGAGCUUGAAAGUGCUUUCAGAAACUGCAAAAAUUUGUACACUCUGUCAGGUCUAUGGGAAGCUACUUCCCUUCAUCUCCCUGUUCUGUACCCGGCAUGUGGUAGUCUGACUUUCUUGAAUUUGAGCUAUGCAACUCUGCAAAGUUCUGACCUUGCCAAGCUUCUUGCAUACUGCCCAAAUCUACGUCGCCUUUGGGUCCUGGACACUGUAGAAGACAAGGGACUAGAGGCAGUUGGAUCCAGCUGCCCUUUGCUAGAGGAACUCCGUGUCUUCCCGGCAGGCCCCUUUGACCAGGAUAUAAACCAUGGAGUGACUGAAUCUGGCUUUGUUGCUGUGUCUCGUGGAUGUCGCAAGCUGUACUAUGUCCUGUACUUUUGUAGGCAAAUGACUAAUGCUGCUGUGGCUACUGUAGUUCAGAACUGCCCAGAUUUCACCCACUUCCGCCUUUGUAUAAUGAACCCCUGGCAGCCAGAUCACCUUACUGGUGAAGCCAUGGAUGAGGCCUUCGGUGCAGUGGUGAAGACAUGCACUAAGCUCCAGAGGCUUUCAGUUUCUGGCCGCUUGACUGAUCUAACAUUUGAGUAUAUAGGGAAGUACGCUAAAAAUCUUGAGACCCUUUCGGUAGCUUUUGCUGGGAGCAGCGACUGGGGUAUGCAGUGUGUGCUAGCAGGUUGCCCAAAACUGAGGAAACUUGAGAUACGGGACUGUCCAUUUGGAAACAAGGCUCUUCUCUCUGGAUUGGAGAAGUAUGAAUCAAUGCGGUCUUUAUGGAUGUCAGCCUGCAAUGUGACCUUGAACGGGUGCAGGCUACUGGCGAAGGAGAUGCCAAGGUUAAAUGUCGAGGUAAUGAAGGAUGAUGAGAAUGACGAAAGCCAGGCCGGUAAAGUUUAUGUAUAUCGGUCUGUAGCAGGGCCGAGAAGGGAUGCGCCACCUUUUGUUCUUACUCUUUGAAGUCAAAAACUUAUUCCGAGUUGAUGGUUGAUGCUGGACUGACGACGUACAUUUGGGCUUUGAGAUGUCGCAGUCGAAUGGAAAUAAAAGGUGAAGUAAGAAGUGAACUUGGAGUUGAAGUACCCGGGGAAAUAAAAGAAAGGAAAGGGAAUUGGAAAAAGAGAGCUUAUCAUGCCUUUGCAGCCAUGAAAGCAGUUACAAAGCUUAUAGCUUUGGAUUCAUGAUGAGGCUGCAAGGAGAGUUUUGCUGGAGCUGCUGGAUCAACUCAAUUAUUGCUUGAAGGAGGCUGCAUUUUUCUUCUAUUCGGCUGUGUGGUAAAAGGGAGCUCGGAGAGCAAAACACAGCGCUGGCACUGCAUCCGGACCAAGCCCGCGUUUGGAUGGCAGGGGUUUCAGGUUGCGCAGCUUAGCUUCCUCCUUCGAGAUGUGGUUUCUGUGAUGCCAAAGAAGCUUUGCCGAGAGUACGCUGUUUUGGCUAGCUGUACCGGAUCAUGGUAAAAACAAAAACCUGAAACUGGAGGUAUUGUAUCUUGAAGACGAGAGAUCAGUUUCAUUGUGUUUGUUCACAAUAGGGUCAUUAUAUUUGAUCAAAUUGGGUAAAAACCAUGGAUUCUUUGGAGUACUGUUCUAAUCGAGUGGUGGUUGAAGGCGUUGUUGAUCUUUGACCAUCGUAUCAAAUUGAUUGCAUGUCUCAUGUCCUCCGUCCU